ACUUCUAGACUUUUUUUUAUUCUCAUACAACAAAUACUUUCUAAAGCAUCGAAGUGCAUACAUAAAAUUUUUGUAAUAAAAGUUUAUAGAUAACCAACCGACACUAGAGGCCUCUGAUCGAUAACCGGAUGUGGACAUCAAGUGGAUAGCCACCACUGUUCACAUCACAGCCCCAUAGAAUCAGGACACACUCUUAUCCAGGAGUUUAACACCACAUUUAACCACAUACCCAUUAUCCAGAGACAGACAUCCCUCACAGGAAUAGGAAUACUACAUAAAAUAUAUAUAAUAUAUAUAUAUAUAUAUAUAUAUAUCUAUUACAUCUAUGGGGGCAUGGACGUCAAGAGCUGAUACCGACGAGGACGCGACUGAGUAUUGGGACGCCUGGGAUUCGGACGAUUCUAAUCAUUCUGAUGAUUCUAAAGAUUCUUAUGAUUCUGAUAAUUUCAAAAAUUCCAAUGAUUAUAAAGUUUCUAAUGAUUCUAAAGAUUCGUAUGAUUCUGAUAAUUUAAAAGAUUCAAAUAAUUUCGAAGUUUCAAAUGAAUCAAAAGAUUCGGAUGUUUCAAAAGAUUCUUAUGAUUUUAAAGAUUCCAGUGAUUCUCAAUAUUGUAAAAAUUUUAAGGGUUCUAAUGAUUCUGAUGAUUUGAAAAAUUAUGAUAGUUCCGAUGUCUUUGUUGAUUUUUAUUAUUAUGUGGAGUAUCGUUACCGUGAAUUCGAUCCACGGGAUCCACUAGAGUCCUCCUCGGAUGCGUACAGUGAGUCAUCGGGCAGUGAGUAUAAGGACUCGACUCCAUCGUCGCCGGACAGGAGCAGUAGUGAUUCGUAUCCUUCGACGCAUGACGAGUACAGUGAGUUCUCCGUGCCGUCAUUGGACUUGAGCGAGAAGUCCUCUUUCGUCUUGCCGAACUUUGAGGGCGAUACAUCGCCCUCCGUGUACUCGUCGCUUUGUAGCAGCCCAUCUUCGGACGAUUCGUCCUUUAAAUUCUCACCGGCUCUGUACUUGGAUGCGAAUGCCUUGUCGACGGAUCGUGGCCUACAAUCGCCAACCCGUACACUAUGCCAUGGAUUUAAUUCCAUAUUAUUAGAGCUGUACGCCAGCCAUGAGUGUCUGUGGAAUAUAAAUCAUAGCAAGUUUCUGGACAGUGCCGCCAAAAGCCAGGCCUGGCGGGAGGUGUCCUGGGCGCUGGAGGAGCGAAGCGUGGGCAGUGUCUCGCCAGAUUUCUGUCGCCGCCGGGUCACUGAGCUGCGCCACUUCGAGAGUCGCUAUCGUCUGCGCCAGAUGCGGGAAGCACAGCAUCAUCGACGCGUCGACAACAGUCGGAGAGUGGUCGUUCAUGCGGAUCCGGAGACGCUGCAGGAGGCCGAACAGAAACUGAUCUGCUCCAGCUGCUCCGCAUCCAACUCGACCACUUCGCUAGGGGGCAGUCGUAAGUCCCAUGCCUUUAUCAAACGCCAGGAGUUCCUGCAGUGUCCCAUUCGGGACAUUUCCAUGUCAGGCGGGGAUCAGUUAUUCGAAGAUAGAUCUCUGGAGUUGCUAUCAGAGGAGGGCUAUGAGCGGUGCUUCCAGUUCCUUGACAAGAUCUUUCAAUGAGAAAGAUAUCCUCCUCUUUCCACGCAGGAAGACUAGUUCGAACAUAAUAUAAUCACAUUAAAAACAUCAAGACUAUUCAAAAUUACGUGAAAUGAUGUCAAGGCCUAAAGAAAUGAGAACAUUUGUUAAUUCUUGCAAGGAUUUUAUGGAGGUCCUUAUGGAGAGAAACGAUGUCAAUUGAAUAUACAUUUAAUAAAAAAAUGAUUAGGAAAAGUGG